GAAAAUCCGAAAACGGUCGGCGGAAAAUUGUAGAAAACGGAUCGGAACGGGACGCCUCCUCCCGCGGCGAAGCCGAAACCCUAGCCACUGCCCCGCGCUUCUCCUCUCCCCUUCCCCGCCGGCUACGAGGAGGACGACGACAUGGGCGCCGAGGAGGAUGCCGCUGCUCGCCGCGACCGCCUCCGAGCCCUCCGCGCCGCCAAGGAGCUCCUCUCCACCCCCGACGGCGCCCCCGCUCCCGCUCCUGAGGGAGAACAGCAGAAUGGUAAGCAUGAGGCCGCAGAAGAGCACGUGGAACAGCCAGCAUUAUCAGGUCCUCAGUGUGCACCUGAUGAGGAUGCUAAGGAGAAUGUUGGCCACACUGAGGAGGUUGAAGAUGAGGGCGAGCUUCCAACCAUGAAGUUCAGAAACUACCUUCCUCAUGAUGAACAACUGCGAGGUGGUAAGCUGGCUCCAGUGUCUCUUCCUAAGUUUGAAGAUCCAAUCAAUGCUGACGCUGCAGAACCGAAUCAACUUGAGAACCCUUUUGGAAACAUAGCCCCAAAGAAUCCAAACUGGGAUCUGAAACGUGACGUGCAGAAGAGGAUUGACAAACUGGAAAAGCGCACACAGAAAGCACUGGCAGAGAUUGCAUUGGAGCAACAGAUGGAGAAAGAAGCCCUGGAGGGAGCUCAAGAUUGACGAUGGUGCUGUGUGAGUGACUGGAGCAGAGCAGAGGUCGUGGUGGGUGCUUAGUCCAAACAAAUCUGUAGGCUGUAGCUACCUGCGUAUCUACGUACGGAGGGAGAUGAAGUGAAGCAACCUUGAAAUGUGUAGUCGGUUGCCUGUGCCUUUGCUUGUUAAGUGUGUAGUGAGAUACCAAAGCUAACAUGGAGUGAAAUUUGUAUGAAAUUGAUAGAUUAUUGCAUGCAUACUCUUUGAGUAAUCCUUCCAAGUCA